UAUAUAAACUGGAAUUAGGGUUUUGCAUUUGCAGAACGGUAGAGCAAACUGCGGCAACAAUGGGGAAAUUCUUGAAACCUAACAAGGCAGUGAUUGUCCUUCAAGGCCGUUACGCCGGCAAAAAGGCGGUGAUUGUUCGUACCUUCGAUGACGGUACCCGUGAGAGGCCAUACGGACACUGUCUUGUCGCCGGAAUCAAGAAGUACCCUAGCAAGGUGAUCAAGAAAGACUCUGCAAAGAAGACGGCGAAGAAAUCUAGGGUUAAAGCAUUCGUGAAGCUCGUUAACUAUCAGCAUUUGAUGCCAACUCGUUACACUCUCGAUGUGGAUCUGAAGGAUACUGUUGUUCCUGAUGUUCUUCAAGCGAAGGACAAGAAGGUUACAGCUCUCAAGGAGACUAAGAAGCGUCUUGAGGAGAGGUUCAAGACUGGCAAGAACAGGUGGUUUUUCACCAAGCUUCGAUUCUGAAUCAAUCAAUUUUUUUUUUGUUUAAGUUUUAUUUCCAGUGAUACAUUUUGUUUAGUUUUAUAUGAAUCUUGAAUGAACUUGUGGUUGUUAGUUUUGUAUCAGUAAGAGAUUUAUGAUCGAUCUAUAUUAUCAGUUUUGAGAUAUUCGUGCUUAUUGAAUCUUAGUAUUUUGCUGGAAAUUAAAUUGAAUUUGAAUUGA